GCUAUCGAAGUACAGAAACAAACAAACGAAAGCACAAAAAUCCAAACUACUACUUCUCGAAGCAGCUGAGUCGAGCUUCGCUGGGUUGCCGUUGCUGCCACCGAGUUGCUGAAGAGUUUUGAGCGAUGAGAACCCUACCGAGUUCAACCUCCAAGAUCAUCUUUGACAAGUUGGUUGUUCCACCCAAAGAGUGUCUUCUUCUUAGGCCCGAAACUUGUUCCCUGCUGCGGUCGCAGAAAGUUGUCAAUUUUGGGUUAUUGCAUUUGAUAUCUGUGCGCCACAAGGCCGCACACCCGGUGGUCACUUCUCUCUCCUCGAAAACCCAGAUAGGAUUUCUUGGCUGUAAAAUAUGGAAAAACGUUAAGCUUUCUUUUUCCCAGGCAGACUUGGAAACUGCAGAAACUCAGAGUCAAGAAACUUGUCAAUCAAAGACUGUUCAUGUAAGAUUUCAGUUACAGAAACGGUGUAUAUUUGGUGAGCAAUUUCUCGUAGUAGGGGAUGAUUCUAUGUUCGGCCUAUGGGACCCUGCAAGUGCAAUUCCGUUGAAUUGGUCAGAUGGUCAUAUGUGGACUGUUGAGCUGGAUAUACCUGCUGGAAAAGCAGUCAAGUUCAAGUUUAUACUAAAAGAAAUCACUGGGAAUAUCGUGUGGCAACCUGGUCCCGAUCGAAUUUUUCAGACAUGGGAAACUGAGAAUAUGGUCACUGUUUGUGAGGAUUGGGACAAUGCUGAGUUUCAGAAGAUAAUAGAGGAAGAGCAAUUAGCUGACCCAAAUGAACACUCAAUGGUUGACUCGGAAAUGAUGAUUGUUUCUGAGAACUUCAGUCAUCCAAAAGAGGAAGUGGUAUCUCAUGUGAACCAGGGAUCUGCCAUUGCAUACGGCGAUACAGCUCCAGAUCAAAAACCAAUUAUAGAACCACACAAGGAAAAAUUCAUUGCCGAUAACAUUACUCUUCCACAAGAGAAGCCCAAAGCUAUUGUUGCAGAUAAUAUAAGCUACUCAAAUGAGAACCCCAAAGUGAGUGCUAGUAGCAAAAUGUUUGGUGCAAUAGUUAGUGACCCAAAAGAGGAAUCUACAGCUAUCCCAAACGAGGUUGCAAUAAUAGCAGAGGAGCUUCUUGGAAAUAAUGGCAGUGUUUUGACAGUCGAAAACCCGGGAAGCACACACAUUGAAGGAAAUCUGAUUAAUCAUGGAGACCCUGUUCUCGUUCCUGGUUUGACUCCAUUGUCAAAAGUGCCAAAUGAAGAAGCAAGCACAGAUGAAAGUGAGAAAACAAUUGCAUUUGAUGCCUCUGUUGGAGCCUAUGAAGCUAAGGAUGAUUUUGUACCAGAGUUAGUGGAGAAGCAAGAACCAGAUGGUGAAGCACCUCAACGAGCACCUUCCAAAAUUUUCAAUGAUGAGGAAGAAAAGCUUGAGACAGAAUUUGAACAAAAGCUUCAUUUACCAAAAAGAGAAGAGCAGUCUUACUCAGAGCAAAUCAAUGAUGAUGUAUUGCAAAAUGACAUGCAAUGGGGUCGCAAAACACUGCAGAAGUUUCUAACUAAUUUAGGAUUACUUUAGGAUCAACUUAAAAGAACUUGGGUGAAAUCCUUCUGAAAGCAAUUCAAGCUUAUGACUGUGCUGCUUCAUAGUGACCCAAUACUCAGGCUAGAAGAAUGAGGCAUUAUUGGUUGUUGAUGUUGUUGUUGUAUGUACAAAUGAGCUUUGUUUCCUCAGCAUGAUAUUGGUUGUAGACUAUUGUAAGAGUGUGCUCUGGUUUUGUAUUUCUUCUAUGGUUAGGAUGGUCUUAUUCAUACCGCUAUAUCUUUACAGUUUUGCAAAUUGAACUGACUAUAACUAUUUGUUGGGAACCCAAAAUUAGUUCUGAAUGUCAACAUAUGUAGCAAUGAAUAUCUGCAAAAGUUCUAUGGA